AUGUUCCAUGGAUUGCCAAGUGAAGACCCCAUUGACCACCUUGAUGAGUUUGAUAGGCUUUGUGAUUUGACAAAGAUCAAUGGUGUCUCUGAAGAUGCCAUCAAGCUGAGACUCUUUCCUAUGUCUCUAGCUGACAAAGCUCACCAAUGGGAGAAGAGCUUGCCCCAUGGCACAAUCACCACUUGGGAUGAAUGCAAGAAGGCCUUUCUUGCUAAAUUUUUCUCCACCGGUCGCACAGCCAAGCUUAGAGGAGAGAUAUCCAGCUUCAUCCAGCGAAACAAUGAGACAUUCGCAGAGGCUUGGGAGAGGUUCAAAGGGUACACAAGUCAGUGCCCACACCAUGGAUUCAACAAUGAAUCACUACUCUCCACUCUUUAUAGAGGAUGCUUGCCUAGGUAUAGGGAGAUGCUAGACACAGCAAGCAAUGGCAAUUUCCUCAACCAGGAUGUAGAUGAUGGCUGGCAACUUGUGGAGAACAUAGCCAACUCAAAUGGUAGCUAUGGAGAAGAGUAUGAUCGCACCAAUCGGAGCUUGAUGUCAUUUGGAGCUAAUUGGAACAUUGCCUAUCACUGGAGACUAGUUGAGGAAGGAAAGACUCUGUCUGCCCCAUCUUUCGUCUGGAGGUGGUUUCAUGUCAUUCGGACCAGCGGUUCAGAAGAUACGACGAUAUUGGUUGGACUCGACCCACCAGCUCGACCGGCCAGUUUCCAACUCGAUCGAGCUGCUUUUCCAGGAGUCAAAGCGAUUCUCCACAUGGAAGUGAUGGAAAUCGUUGGAAAAGGUCCACUAAGAGCUCCAAUAACUCUUGCUCUCGAAAUGGAGUUCAUAGGGGUUGGAUGGAUUAGUUUGAGCAAUGAUCCUAUGGCCUCCAAGGCUUGA